UCAUUCCGACCAGAAUCAUCAACGUCAUAUAAUACUUGUCUGUUGAAUUCACACACUCUAUUUUAAUUAAAAAAUAAAAUAAAUAUGGUGCGAAAUAUUAAUAAUAAAAUGAAAAUACUGUUACUGUUAACGGCAGUGGUUGUAAUGAUCACCGCCGUGACGGCAGAAUACGUCCGGCCACCGGCUAGAAAGACUUUACAUUUCCCUUGGGAUCCAAAGCCAUCAUCUGAACCUCAACAGGUGCAUAUUUCCUUGGCAGGGGAUAAACACAUUCGUGUUACAUGGAUCACUAGUGAUUCAUCUUCUCCUUCACUUGUUGAAUAUGGAACAUCACCUGGAAAAUACAGCUUUAAGGGUCAUGGAGAUACUACCUCUUAUAGCUAUUUUUUAUAUAGCUCAGGGACAAUCCACCAUACUGUUAUCGGUCCAUUAGAACACGACACUGUUUACUACUAUAAAUGUGGUGGUCAAGGACCCGAGCUCAGUUUUAAAACCCCGCCAUCAGAGUUUCCAGUUACAUUAGCCGUGGCUGGUGAUUUAGGUCAAACUGGCUGGACAAAGUCAACUUUGGACCACAUUGACCAAUGUCAAUAUGAUUUGCAUUUGCUCCCUGGUGACCUUUCUUACGCUGAUUACAUACAACGUAGGUGGGAUACAUUUGGGAACCUGGUACAGCCACUAGCAAGUGCAAGGCCAUGGAUGGUAACUCAAGGGAAUCAUGAAAAGGAGAACAUACCAUUUUUAAAGGAUGGAUUUGCAGCAUAUAAUGCUAGAUGGAAAAUGCCUUAUGAAGAAAGUGGAUCAACAUCAAAUCUCUAUUAUUCAUUUGAAGUUGCAGGGGCUCAUAUUGUCAUGCUUGGUUCCUAUACAGAUUAUGAUGAGAACUCUGAACAAUAUGAUUGGUUAAAGGCAGAUCUCUCCACAGUAGACCGUGAAAAGACACCUUGGUUACUUGCAUUAUUUCAUGUCCCGUGGUAUAACAGUAAUUAUGCACAUCAAGGUGAAGGAGACAAGAUGAUGGAAGUGAUGGAGCCGUUACUUCAUGCUGCUGGUGUUGAUAUGGUCUUUGCUGGCCAUGUGCAUGCUUAUGAACGCACGAAACGCGUGUAUAAUGGAAAAUCUGACCCAUGUGGUGCUGUCCAUGUGACGAUUGGAGACGGAGGGAACAAAGAAGGUUUACAGACCAGGUACAAGGACCCAUCACCAGAAUGGUCUGUGUUUCGCGAAGCAAGUUUUGGUCAUGGUGAGCUCAAGAUAGUAAACUCAAGCCAUGCCUAUUGGAGUUGGCAUAGGAACGAUGAUGAUGAACCUGUGAGGUCUGAUGAUGUGUGGAUAACCUCAUUAAUGAGUUCAGGAUGCGAUACUGACAAAAGAAAAAGAAUCUAAAGAUAUAUGUUGGUCUCUUUGAAAGGUAAAUGUUGGUAGCAUACAACUUAACGCUUGCAUAUUUAAAGAGCAAUCAAACAUGUUAUUUGCUGUGUUGGUGCUAGUUAUUAUCCUUCAAAAGCUUUUUCACGAAGGUUAUAUAUACAUAUUGACAUAUUGUUGCUUGAUUGAUAUUUUAGUGUGUGUAUAUAGUAUCUCUCAUGUUGCUUCUACAUAAGAGGAUCCCUGUGUGUAUGUGUGUAUUAGUUAAACAAGUACAAGAUAUAUAUGGUAUGUGCUACAAAUGUAUCAACUUGGAUAUCUAAAAAACCAUGUUUUUUUUUA